CGAGGUUUUGUGGGUAGCGUACUUCCGAGCCGCGCUGUCGUAUUUUUGGACGUGGUGACAGUCUGUCAGUGCUUGUGGCGCAGUCCACCUCGGAGGAGCUGUUGGCAGAGGUCUCGGGUCGCUCAGUGUCCAGCGGUGCUCGGUACUCAGCGCCCUUCCUGAGGGGUCGAGACUGGUGCGGGUGGCUUGGGGGACACAAGAAACCUUUGUCCGGAGCAAACGUCCCCACUGCUGAAUGUGUGCCUUGGACAUUCUUCCUUGGUGUUAACUGGUUCUGCCUAUGCAACAAGUCUUCUCUAAGAAGAGCACUCACCAGACUAAGAACAUGGUCCCAGGGCUCCUGACUGCUAGGGAUGAGGCAUUAAUGGCCUUCAGGGAUGUGGCUGUGGCCUUCACCCAGAAGGAGUGGAAGCUACUGAGUCCUGCUCAGAGGACCCUGUAUCGGGAUGUGAUGCUGGAGAACUACAGCCAUAUGGUGUCGCUGGGUAUUGCCUUUCCUAAACCAAAACUCAUCAUACAACUGGAACAAGGAGACGAGCCCUGGAGAGAGGAGAGUGAAUGUCUUCUGGACCUUUGUGCAGCAGAACAAAGAACAGAAUUCCAGCCCUGUCUCUCCUGCCCGGUGACUUUUUCCAGUCCACAGAUCCUCCAUCAAUAUGUGCUCUGUGGUCACUCCCUUCAGAUCUUCCCAGGUUCAUCUGCAGAAAGCCACUUCCUACUAGAAGCUCCAAGCUGCUUGAAAGACAAAGUAGAAGAUGGAGAGAGAGAAGGCUCUGGCACUGUGUUUGGGAGGCUGCGGCUGAGUGGGACUUCAAGGGCAUUUUUCAGCUCAUCUCAAGGUCAGCCAGUAGACCAGGGAGGCAAUAGCAGUGGAAGAAUAGACCAGGGGAUGAUCUCUGAUGAGGCAGAUGCAGUAUUGACAGAGACAAACAUCUCAGAAUCUGAAGCAGUCAUAUGUGAAAACUAUAGACUAGGAUUUAACACAAAAUCAAGCCUCUUUAGCCUCCAGAAGCAUCAUGUGUGCCCUGAAUGUGGCAGAAACUUCUGCCAGAAGUCAGACCUCGUCAAACACCAGAGGACUCACACGGGAGAGAAGCCGUAUAGUUGCAGAGAGUGUGGGCGAGGCUUUGGCCGGAAGUCCUCCCUCACCAUACACCAGAGGAAGCACUCAGGGGAAAAGCCCUACGUGUGCAGGGAGUGUGGGCGACACUUCAGGUAUACAUCCUCCUUAACUAACCAUAAGAGGAUACACUCCGGGGAGAGACCCUUUGUAUGUCAGCAGUGUGGGAGAGGCUUCCGCCAGAAGAUCGCCCUCAUCCUGCACCAGAGGACACACUUGGAAGAGAAGCCCUUUGUGUGUCCAGAGUGUGGAAGAGGCUUUUGCCAGAAGGCAUCACUCCUUCAACACCGUAGCUCGCAUUCAGGUGAGAGGCCCUUCUUGUGCCUGGAGUGUGGGCGUGGCUUCAGGCAGCAGUCACUGCUCCUCAGUCACCAGGUCACACACUCAGGAGAGAAGCCUUAUGUCUGUGCUGAGUGUGGGCACAGCUUUCGCCAGAAAGUCACCCUCAUCAGACACCAGAGGACACACACAGGGGAGAAGCCUUACCUGUGCUCCGACUGUGGGCGUGGCUUUAGCCAGAAAGUCUCCCUUAUGGGCCACCAGAGGACGCACACAGGUGAGAAGCCUUAUGUGUGCUCUGAGUGUGGGCGUGGCUUUGGUCAGAAGGUUACCCUCAUCAGACACCAGAGGACGCACACAGGGGAGAAGCCUUUUCUGUGUCCGGUGUGUGGACGUACCUUUGGCUUCAAGUCACUUCUCACCAGACACCAGAGGAUACAUUCAGGGGAGGAAGCUGAUGUGUAUGGAAUAUGUGAGCAAAGACUUGGUCUGAAGAUCCAACUCACCUCUGACCAGAGGACACACUCAGGAGAAAAGCCAUGUGUGUGUGAUGAGUGUGGACGUGGCUUUGGCUUCAAGUCAGCCCUCAUCAGACACCAGCGGACACAUUCAGGAGAGAAGCCGUAUGUGUGCAGGGAGUGUGGUCGUGGCUUUAGCCAGAAGUCUCACCUCCACAGGCAUAGUAAAACCAAGUCUGGCCAUCACCUCCUGCCACAGGAGCUGUUCUCUUGACAUUUCCUUUCCUUCCCCAUGAGUGUUUAGGAGGCAGAAAUCACUAGGAAAUAUUCCACUUCCUUUAAAAUGCAGUUGCAUUUUUUCAGUGAUCAUAAGAUAGUUGAUUUAUGGUUUACUUCCUGCAUUGGCAAUGUGUUUUAAUUUGCCAGGGCUGCCAUAACAAAAUACCACAGACUUGGUAGCUCAAAGAACGGAAGUUUAUUUUCUCAUAGUCCUGGAGACUAGAAGUCUGAGAUCAAUGUGUGGGCAGUUUGGUUGUUAUUGAAGUUUUUCCCCUUGGCUUGCAGAUGAUUGCAUUCUUGCUGAGUCCUGAAAUGGUCAUUUUUUCCCCUGUGUGUGCACUUUCCUGGUAACUCUCUCUCUUCUUUCUGAGGACACCAGCCAUACUGGGUUAGGGCUUCACCGUAUGACCUUGUAAAGGCCCUGUCAUCAAAUAAAGUCAUGACUUUAUGUGUUA